CGACAAUUAGGCUACUGGUGUAUUUAUGAUUAAUUUGUGGACACAGGAUGAGACGAUGGCUCGCAGGAGAGAUGAAGAUGAUGAUGAUGACGGACACAAGCUGAUAGAGGAAGAGGAGGAGGAGGAUGCGCGUCUCUUCAUGGACAGCGAGGAUGAAGACGAUCUGUCCCUGGACGAGAUUUUACAUCUAUACAAGCAGCCCAUCAAUGAGGAGCAGGCGUGGGCUGUGUGUUACCAGUGCUGUCGCUCUUCUCGGGAGGAUUCUGCUGGUACCGGAGGAGCGGAACAUGUGAGGAUCUAUAAAGACGGAUCGGUGCGGCUUCAUUCCGGAGACAGAUCAGGUGUGCGUAAUCCCAGCCGAUCCUCCACACAGGCGAUCGAGUCUCUGGGCAUCAUGAUCUAUAAGGCUCUGGAUUACGGGCUGAAGGAGAACGAGGAGCGAGAGCUGAGUCCGCCGCUCGAGCAGCUCAUCGACCUCAUGACCAACGUGGCCGACGCAGAGAGCGACUCCUGUGCCGAUGAAGGCUACGCCGCCACUGAGGAAGACGAGGAUGACCGGGAGCGGGAUCCCGCCCACCCCUGCCGUAUCCGUGGCUACCGUGACAUCAUCAAGCUGUGCGCCCUUCACCUGUCCACGCCGGCAGACGCGCCCAAUCACUACCAGGCCGUGUGUCGAGCUCUGUACGCCGAGACCAAAGAGCUCCGCAGCUUCCUGGAGAAGAUCCAGAGCACCAAAGAGAACCUGCGUAAGAUGGAGGGGGAUGCCGUUGACAAACCUGGCAGGGAGCUAAACGAGCUGCAGAAUGCUGAUUGGGCGUGGCUCUGGGUGCAGAUGAUGCGAGAUCUGAGGAACGGCGUGAAGCUGAAGAAGGUACAGGAGCGGCAGUAUAACCCGCUGCCAAUCGAGUUCCAGCUCACGCCAUACGAGAUGCUCAUGGACGACAUCCGCUCCAAACGCUACAAGCUACGCAAGGUCAUGUGUAUCUCUUUUUGCUCUUCAUGUACAUGUUCUGUGCUGUUUUCUACAGACGUGUCCUCCUUGGAUGGGGCGAGGAAGGCCUCCAGCACGCUGUUGUUGGCCAAUGGCGUGUCGCUGCAGCAGAAAGGCUCCGGCGGCUUUCAGAGGAAAAGGCUUCAAGCACCGACUCUGGCUGAACUGGACAGCUCUGAUUCAGACGACGAGACCUUAGGUCAAAGGUCAGCCAGCUGCUCUAGCAUCUCCACAUCCAUGGUGGACGACACGUCGCCAGAAUCCGUCCUGAGCAAGAAAACUCCGCCCAUGUUCCUGCCCAUCUCGUCCACGCCGCAGCCGGAGAGACGUCAGCUCACCCAGCGCCGGCACUCCAUCGAGAAGGAAACACCCACCAGUGUGCGUCACUUCCUGCCGCCCUCCAGACACAGCUCAAAAUCCUUAGUAAGUGAGGAAGUAAUGGGUGACAUUUACAAAGAGGAGUUUUGUUUCCCAGUGGAGUGUCUGGCUCUGACAGUGGAGGAAGUGAUGCACAUUCGGCAGGUUCUUGUCGAAGCCGAACUGGAGAAAUUUCAGCAGUACAAAGACAUCUACAAUGCCAUGAAGAAGGGGAAGCUGUGCUUCUGCUGCCGAACGAAACGGUUUUCCUUCUUUACCUGGUCCUACACCUGUCAGUUUUGUAAAAGGCCUGUGUGUUCACAAUGCUGUAAAAAAGUAAGUCAUGAUCUGUACACCCUCUUUAUGCUCACAUAA